GCUGAAGUGAGGUUGGACAGAAAAGGACACAAUGAGCACCAGUAAAAAAUAACUAAAGGAAAUUUGGUUUCUUUGCAUGGAUACGAAUGCGAGAGAAGGCCGGGUGACUUUUUAACUCUAGACUCCAAAAACCGACCACAAGUCCACGUCUGGUCCCUGAGCUGCAGGAUUAUGGUGGACUCUGAAGGAGGAUCACCAUGGCAACGUGUAAAAAAAAUUUACCUCUCUGCAUCCUGUGGAUCAUCGCUGUGCUCCAGGAUGUGAGCAGUGCAGCUCCGCCCCUGAACACCUCCACCUCAUGUUUCAUCACUGUGUCAGAACCAGAAUCCAGCCUGGACUCCAUAUCGCUGACAGUGACCACGCUGGGGCGGAACUGCUCUUUUACGGUGAUGUCUCCAGACACAGGGGGGGACAGCGCCCCCUGCAGGAGGAGAAAAACAGCAUUGAGGAAGUUAAAAAUUGACGAAGGAAGAAGAGGCAAUAAUACGGAAACCAACUGGAUAGGAGACAAGGAUGUAGGAGACAUCUUCACCUGUGUGUUGGAUCACCUUGAGCCUGGAACCGCCUAUCAGAUCCAGAUUCAAUCCCAGAGCCGCGAGGAGACGGCCAACAUCACCCUGCACACCAUUCCAUCGGCGGUGAGUGGCCUGGCGGUGACAUCCAAGACCUGCAGGAGCCUGGGCGUUUCCUGGCACGCGGGUCCAGGCAGGACUCAACGCUUCAGGCUGCAGCUGUGGGGUCCAAAUCCCGCCGUUCUGCUGAAGAAUGAAACAUUGGAGAGCACCACCACACGUCACACGCUCAUGAACUUGAUUCCAGGCCGGUUGUACAAUGUUACCAUGGUGACCGAGGCUGGCGGUCUGCAGAACAGCAGGACAAUCGAAGCACGGACAGCGCCCUCUGCUGUUUCAAACCUCACCGUGGACUACAACAACAGCACCAGCAACCGUUUGCUGUUGUCGUGGCAACAGCCUGAAGGUGACCUGGACUCAUUCACCAUCAGGCUGUGGUCCAGUGAGACUAUCCGUGGGGAGUUCAAUCUUUCGGCAGACACCACACAGAUCAGCCUCGAUCAGCUGACCCCAGGCUCGGCCUAUCAGGUCACAGUGACAUCGAGGAGCGGCGAACUGAAGAACCAAUCAGAACUGACCGUCAGGACAGCUCCGGCAGCUGUCUCCGCCCUCUCCUUGUCUCCAUCCUCUGACAGCCUCUUACUGACUUGGAUGCCUCCUGAUGGCCACUGGGAGAACUACAGGCUGCUCCUGUUUGAUGGUGUCCAGCAGUUAGCCAACGUCACACUGGAUCAGGACGCGGUUAACUUCACCUUCCCGGCAACGCAGCUAACCCCUGGAAAGCUUUACAGAGCUGUGCUGAGGGUGGAGAGUGGAGGACUGAGUACAGAAAGUAGCUGCGAGGGAUCAACAGUUCCUGCUCCGGUCUUAAACCUCCACAUUCGCCACUCAGACGAGACCUCUCUGAGCGCCAUGUGGAGCCAUGCCCCUUUGGGUUUACGUGAUGGUUACUUCUUGACCAUUCGCCAUGGAAGUUACCAGGAUACCAGGGAGGUGGAUCCAAACAUGAGGGAGUGUACAUUCAACGUGCUCACACCUGGGAGACCUUACAUCAUCAACGUGGCAACCAGGAGUGGUCAACUGAACACUUCAGUGUCUGUAAAGGGCCGAACAGUGCCCCUGGCGUUGCGUAGCCUCAGUCUGAGUAGUUCUUCAUCCGACAGCCUCCAGGCAUCAUGGGAAAAGCCUCCAGGGGACAUGGACUCGUACACCCUGAUCCUGCUGCAGGACAGCGUCAUGAUCCAGAACUACAGUGUUCCAGUUGGUUCUUCUUCACUGCUGCUGUCUGGUUUAACACCUGGCGCCCUCUACAGGCUGCAAGCAGCCACUGUUAGUGGUGGCGUGGUUUCUAUGACCACCAGUGUGGACGCACGCACCAUCCCGGCAUCCGUUUCCGAGGUGACGGUUGCCAAUGGCGGCAGGUCGGAUGCUGUGCAGGUGUCAUGGCGUCCUGCAGUGGGCGUGGUGGACAGUUACCUGGUGCUCCUUCAGGACAGAAGGCGAACCGUGCACACGCUCGCCGUGUCCCGUUCCUCACUGACGGAGUGUUCCUUCAGCUCUCUUGUUGCUGGGAGGUUGUACUCUGUUGUCAUAGUGACUCGGAGCGGCGGCCUAGAAAAUGCUACAACCGUUCCAGCACAGACACAACCUGCAACUGUGCAAAACCCAACAGCGGUUCACUCUGCGAGAGACGACUUCCUCAAGGUGUACUGGGGUCAUGCGGCGGGUGAUGUGGACCGUUACGUAGUUCUGAUCCGUUACAACCACAGUGUGCUGCAGAACAAGAGCGUAUCAACUGGACACAACGAGUGUGUGUUCUCCUCCCUGACACCGGGACGUCUCUACACCAUCACCGUGGAAACCUGGAGUGGCAACUACAUGAGCAGUGUCUCCACCGACGGCCGCACCUUUCCAGCAGCAGUUAGCAAUCUGUUGCUCGGCAGCGUAGGAACACGUGACCUCACUGUUACUUGGAGCCCUGCCCCUGGAGAUGUGGAUCAUUAUGAGGUCACACUGCUUUUCAACGACACUCGAGUUUUUCCUCCAGUCACGUUAGGUAGCGAUGUGCAACAUCAUCAGCUGACAUCUCUGACCCCUGGACGACUUUAUAAGAUUGUGGUAUCGACGUUCAGUGGACCGUAUCAGAGAGCGCAGUUCAUCGAGGGACGGACAGGUCCAUGCGCAGUAGGGAACAUCCACCUGGUAUCUCGGCCCAGUCCAACAGAGUCCACAGCAGAGCUGAUGGUCUCCUGGAGCCCUGGAGAUGGAGACUUGGACAUGUACAUCAUUUCUCUGUCACAUUCAGAUGGCGUUUUGGUGGAGACUCGUCCUGUCCCCAAGUAUGUCUCCUACCUGGACUUCUUGGACUUGAUUCCAGGCCACGCCUACACCAUCACAAUCCAAUCAAAGAGCGGCAAACUGAUCAACAGUAACACAGCCACUGGCAGGAUAGCGCCGGCCAGAGUGACAGCCCUGCAGGCGGACAACGACCACACCACCCACAGCCUGACAGUUUCCUGGGAGAGGCCGGUGGGUGUGUACGAUGGCUACAGCCUGCAGCUUUUGGACGAGGCAGGUGUCCUCCUGACUAACCGGUCAGUGCCUGCAGAGAGCAACAGCGAGCGGCUCGAGGGCCUGACGUCGGGGAAGUGGUACCACGUGCGAGUGGUCACCCUGAGUGGCGGUGUAACAUCACUGGAGGCCACAGCAGAAGGACAGACACGUCCAGCAGCUGUCAGUCAACUUGCGAUAACAUCGGCCAACACUUCCUCUCUGUCUUUCUCAUGGCGUCCAUCACUUGGCCACGUUGACAACUAUGACCUGUCACUCUACAGUGUUGAUGAGACAACAACCAAUCACAUACAGGAUUCUGAAAGUAGCAGAAAAGAUCAUCCCCAGGCUAUGGGGGCUUUGGUGGACUUACAGAAGCUGAAUCCAGCUGCAGACAGCUGCGUCUUUACCGGCCUGCGAGCAGGAAGUCUGUACCGACUGCAGGUGGUGAGCUGGAGCCGAGAUAUGAGCAGUGACUCUAACCUUCUAGCUAGAACGGUCCCGUCUCCAGUCUCGUCCCUGAAGGUUCAGAGUUCAGGACAAACAGACAGACUGGAGGUCAGCUGGCAGCACGGAGACGGAACCUGGACGAGUUACCAGGUGGUGUUGUACGACGCCUCUGGAGCCAUGCUGCGAGCUCAGACGCUGGGGGCAGAGCACAGAAAUCACAUGUUCCCUGGCCUGAUCCCUGGUAGGCUGUACCGUGCUGAGGUCAUAACACACAGCGGAGAGUUGACGAAUCGCGCUUCAGCCUUUGGACGUACGACACCAGAGCCGCCCAAUCACCUGACCGUCAAACAAGGCCCCACCAAUGAUACGUUAGUUCUGUCAUGGGUAGGCCCCGCCUCCGGGGACUAUGACAGCUUCAGCUUGCAUUGGACUCCUCCAGACGACCUGUCAAUCACUCAAGAUGACCCAACCAGCAGCGUUGUGGGUGGGAUGUUCCCAGGUCGACUGUACAACUUCAGCCUGUCAACUGUCAGCGGAGGUGUGGCCAGCAGUGGACCCAAAGUCAGAAGCCAGCCAAUCCAGAGAGGUGUUAGGACAAGCCCGUCUCCUCUGAAGUCCAUUCACUGCUUCCCCCUCUCCUCCUCCUCUCUCUCCUGCUCCUGGUCACCUCCUCUGUCUGAUUUUGACUCAUACGAGAUAAAGUGUCGUCGCCACGAUGAUGGGGACCUGACGGCGGCUCUGCGGCUGGCUGGAGGCGUUACCACGGUAACGCUGGACCACUUGGAGGCAUACCGUAAAUACUCGGUUGGGGUCAGAGUGGCAUCAGAUGGCCUGAUGAGCCCGCCGGCAACUCAGGACACGGUGACCAUGAUUGACCGCCCACCGACUCCGCCCCCUAGCGUACGAGUGAAUGAAAAGUCAUCCAAGAUCACGUCAUCCUCCAUCUUGUUCCGCUUCAACUGCUCGUGGUUCAGUGACACUAACGGAGCCGUCCGAUACUUCGCAGUGAUCGUGGCCGAGUCCAAUGCCAAUGAGGUCCUGCACCCGGAUCAGCGCCACCCUCUCCCCUCAUACCGCAACUACAUCAACAACUCAUCUGUCAGAAUAUACCAAACUGCCUACUUUCCCAGUCGAUGUCCGCAGGACACCAGCACCACUGCUGGACAGGUGAUGGAGGUGAACCUGGGGGCGGGAGGCGACCGGCUGGGUGGGGCAUGUGAUCAUUACCAUGACGAUGAUCUGUACCUGAGCGACAGCUACAGCGACUUCUGUGAUGGGCCUCUGAAAGCCAGAACGUCAUACAGGCUGAGCAUCCGCGCCUUCACCAAGCUGUUUGAUGAAAACCAGCGGGAGUUUCCUCAGCCGCUCUUUAGUGACACCUUCCUGUCGGCGCCACUCAGGACGCACUCAGAGCCUCUAGGUGGCGUAGUGGAGGGUUUGAGUGCUGGUAUGUUCCUGAUCGGCGUGACGGUGGCUGUGGUUUCCCUGCUGGUCUACAGACAGAGGCUACGCAAAGUGGCGGUCCAGGAGAACCCGGUGGUCAGGAUGAGUAUGUGGAAAGAGGUUCCGGCUUCAGGGAUCUAUAUGGGAGUCAGGAGUAACCGUCGUAUCACCAGUCCUGUCAAAGUGUGUCACUUUGAGGGUCACCUGACCAAACUACAGAGCGACUCCAACUUCCUGCUGUCUGAGGAGUUUGAGGAUCUGAAGGACGUGGGUCGGAACCAAACCAUGGAUGUGGCCCGGCUGCCGGAGAACCGAGGGAAGAACCGCUACAACAACAUCCUACCAUAUGAUUCCACGAGGGUGAAGCUGUCGUACGUGGAGGAUGACCCCUGCUCCGACUACAUCAACGCCAGCUACAUACCCGGAAAUAACUACCGCAGAGAAUACAUCGCCACGCAGGGCCCACUCCCUGGAACCAAGGACGACUUUUGGCGAAUGGUGUGGGAGCACAGCGUCUACAACAUCGUCAUGGUGACGCAGGGUGUGGAAAAGGGGAGGGUGAAGUGUGACCAGUACUGGCCCACAGACACAGAACCUUUGUUCUACGGUGACCUGGUCAUUCACAUGUUGUCCGAGUCCAUCCUGCCCGAGUGGACCAUCCGCGAGUUCAAGAUCACUGCGGAGGGUGGCCGCAGUUACCCACGGGUGAUACGUCACUUCCACUACACUGUGUGGCCCGAUCAUGGGGUCCCGGACAGCACUCAGUCCCUGAUCCAGUUUGUCAGGACAGUCCGUGACUACAUAGACCGCUCGCCGACCUCUGGGGCCACCGUGGUGCACUGCAGUGCUGGUGUGGGACGUACGGGAACCUUCAUCACCCUGGAUCGGGUUCUGCAGCAGUUGGACUCCAAAGGAACCAUCGACCUGUACGGCUGUGUGUUUGACCUCCGCCUGCACCGCCAGCACAUGGUUCAGACUGAGUGUCAAUAUGCCUUCUUGCAUCAAUGUGUGCGUGACGUCCUGAGAGCCCGGAAGUACCGCGGUGAGAAGGAGAACCCUUUGUACCCGAUCUACGAGAACUUCAACCCCGCCUACUGCCGCGAUUUCAUCUACACGGGACACUGAAGAGGCGACAUCAAACCACGAAGCUCGGCUAAGCUAACAGGAAGAGUUAGCUACCAAAUCCACCAUAAAAACAAGAUAAAUUCUCCAACAAAUUAGUGUAAAAAAUAUCAAAAGUUAAAAUCUUUAUAUGAACUGAGAGGGUCAUCAGAGUCAACCAACCAAAGCGGUGAUCACAUGACCUGGUUAAUAUUUGGAGCCACAAGGUGUUAAAGUUGCAUAUCCUACACAAAUAUUAUCAUAACUGUAAUACUAAAUCAUUUAGUAAAAUAACUGAGUAGCCGUCUAAAGUUACCUGAUGUUAUCUGUAUAAGCAGAAUAUAUAAUUUAAUCACAAGCUAGCUGCACGCUAACUAACCAUGCUAGCUGUCUUACUCGCUAAUGAGUUGGACAAUAAUUAUUUGUGGGGAUUUGUACCAUCCUCUCCACAUGUGCCACUCUUUUUCUUUCUUUUUUAACAGUUUAGCUCUUCUUGUAGAACAGGAUUUUGUAAACUCAGACUAUGUAGCACAACAAGCUAAUAAGCUAGCCAUUUACGAGUCAAAGUUCACCACACUUGAACUUCUGCAAAUUUAUAUUUUCCUCCAUGAAUUUAGGAUUAUUCUCUGAGUUUAUAGAGCUCGACUUAAAUUUGAGUUGAACUGAAAUUGUUCGUGAAUCCAGACUAGCUAAUAAAAAAAAAAUCCAAUUCAUGUUUGAUUUUGUCAGUGACGCCUCAAAUCAAAGAAUCAAAAAUUAUUUCAGAUAAAACCAGAAAGGUAGAAAUACCUCUAUAUUUGUACAUUAGUUUCAGUAUUAUAAUGUGGCCAUUAACUAGUUAAAUUAUAGAUAAUGUUGGGAUUAUUCAUUGUUUAAAAGUAAAUACAUUUUGGACUUUAAGAUUUUAUUUGUCUCUCUCUCUCUCACACACAUAUACACACACACACACACACGUGCGAAAUGAGAAAAUAAUUUGAAUCAUUCUCAGUAAGAACUUGAAUCUGCCAGUUAUCAAUUAAAACAGUAAUUAAACAUUUAUAAAAUAGAUUAGAACAAGUAAUUAAAUGUCAGCAUUAAUUUAGCAAACAUGAAAACCAACUGGUUCAAAUAUGAAUUUAAUUUGUUUCUUCUGAUUUGGCACUAUAAUUGAAUUUUUGACUUAUUUAUUUUUUCCCAAAUGGACUAACUAGUUCAACAAAAUCAGUUUUUUUGUUUUGUUUUAAGGAAAUGAGGGUUGAACUCAUUAUUAGAGAUUAGAUCUUACAAUAAUAAAUAUUUUAAAAUAUUUUUAUAGUCACUAUAAUACUGUUUUUCACUCACUAGAAAGUUUAUUUAAAACAUCACAUGUUGCUGUAUGUAAAUAUUGAUGAAAUACUCAUUUUUAUAUAAUAAAGGUUAUAUAUGCCGA